AUGAUCGAAACAACGCCAAAUUUCUUAAUAGGACUAAAUUGUACAACGGAACGGCGGACGAAUCCCACACACUACCAAAUCAACAUUUUUGGCCGAAAUUGCUCAAAAGUUCGUGUGCAACGACAGAUAGGACUAAAUUGUACAGCGGAACGGAGGACGAUUCCCACACACUACCAAAUCAACAUUUUUGGCCGAAAUUGCUCAAAAGUUCGUGUGCAACGACAGGUAUCAUCGGUUGACGAGUUUAAGGACAGGCUGUCUCACGGAACUCCUUCCAAACCAUCUCGAACAGUUCAUUAUAGCCCGCAAACAAUUGAGCCGUUUGGAACUGAAAGUGGAAUGGAGCGUUAUUACCGUGCAAUAAUGGAGAAGGAAGAGGGCUCGAAGGUCGACAUAACACAGCAAAGCAGCUUAACAAACAUGCCCCCGGUCACUCAAAAAGCGACUGAGCCAUCUACAGCGCAGUCCGGACAGUUUAGCACAACGAAAGCAUCGAGCAGUUCAAAAAUGGAGCUUCCUACGCAGAGCAGCGUAACGGGUGACGUCGACCUCGAUGAAGGCAUCGUACGAUCCAUUAAACCGCCCAAGAAUAUCGUUGUUCGAGUAGAGGAAAAAGAGGAAGCUAAGAGGAGAACGAGACGGAAACCACCUGCACGUAGAGGAGAGGAAAGCGAAGAAGUAGCACGUCAGCCGAAACAGCAAGUAGCAGCAGAAGUGCGACCAAGUGAUGCUGCUGAAGUGCGGCGGUCGAGUAGCUCUUCCUCGGGAAGACCAGUGAAGUUGAAGCGUCCCAAAACACCUUCGUCACGACACUCGUCAUCGAGAAAAGCACGGCAGCGAGAAGCGGGAGAAUCCGUACCUUCGGGCUCUGUGCACAUGUUGGUGGAGCGCAUACACGACAAUCCGUUCAUCUUAGAAACGCAGUCCAAACGAGAACACCUGCUGCAAAACGCCUCGCUGCAACAGCUUGCCGGAAUUGAGGAUGCGCUGCAGCAACCAAGUCUAAUAAGCGAGCCAGAUAAAAGCAGGAGCCGCUACGAGCGUCGCAAAUAG